AUGAUCAUUCAUUUCUUCAAGUUAAUGGGUUGUAUCCUACAAAUGAUUGGUCUAUCAAUCUAUGUUUUGCUAUCAAUGUGCUUUCCUUCUAUCAAAGAAUCAGUAGCAGCAAAAUUUAGAAAAGUAAAUAAAGGAACUAAUCUGACUGAUGAAGACUGUGUAAACACAAUUUAUACACUGGCAUUUUUCAAACAAAUGUGGAGAGCGACGUAUCUAGAUGUUGUCAAAACUGCUAAGUUAUAUAGCAAACCUCCAAACGUCGAAGUGAUCAAGAUAGACAAUUUUAUGAAAACGAGACUGUUAGACUUCCAGCGAAAAGGAAGACCUUUGGUAUUAAAUUUUGGCAGUUGUUCAUGACCACCCUUCAUGGCUAAGCUUGAGCACUUCAAUAAUGUUAUUGCUCGCUUUUCUGACAUUGCCGACUUUUUAAUCAUUUAUAUUGAGGAGGCGCAUCCCUCCGAUGGAUGGAAAUUUGGAAAUAAUAUAGAAAUACAUUAUCACAGAAAGUUGCAAGAUCGAAUAGAAGCAGCAAAACGGCUAUUAUCAUUUAGACCACAAUGUUCCAUUGUUGUCGAUAACAUGUUAGAUGAAGCUAACAUGCAAUACGGCGGGCUUUCCGAUCGUUUGUAUAUAAUCUUAAAUGACGUCAUAGUAUUUGAAGGUAAGAGAGGACCAUUCGGAUAUCGUAUUGAAGAAGUAGAGAAAUGGUUAGAGAACUUUUAUAAUUAGUUCAUUUGCAUAUGUAAUUACUAGUGAAACAAAAUAAAGUUCGAAAUAUAACAUACGAUGAUAACUUCCAUGAGGCUAAGAAGAGGGUAAAAUAUAAGGUUUUAAUCAUUUCAAAUAUAUUGCAAACUCUGUGUUACAUUUCAUGAACAUGUUUUGGAAAUGUUUUCAGGUGACAGGGUUUCUCUAUCAGUAUGUCAAGUACGUUAGAGUGUUCAUAGAUCAUCUCCAGUCAAAAGUAUGAAGACAAAUUUG